AUGGAUACUCCGGAUUUGCAGAUUGACAAGAGACAAAGACAUGAAUCAAAUCCCUCACCGGGAAAUAAUGACAUAGCAAAGAAACUCAGGAUGGGCAGCCCACUAUGCCUCGAAGACUACACAAGCGCAAACGAACAUUCGGGCGAAAUCAGCCCAGAUGACACCUCACCAUCUAUAGAAGGUACGAGUAAAUUUCAAACGAUACUAUCUACAAUAGAUAAACGCCUCGCGUCCAUUGACAAAAUUGCAGCUAUGUCGGAAGCAAACCAAAGUAUCCUACACGAACUAUUGAAUAAAGUCAGUGACCUUACUUUAAGUUUAACUUUGACGCAAAAUGAAGUGGAUACGCUGAAGAAGGAAAAUGAACAAUUAAAAGAAAGGAUCAAAGUCAUUGAAAAUAAAUCAAAUAUAAAUACUGAGCGCCAAAAGGUUGUAGACGCGGAAUUGUUAGAGAUGAGAACACGCAGUAUGAGAGACAAUCUUUUGAUAUAUAACGUUGAGGAAAAACAGAAUGAAACGCCCACUGAAACGGAGAACGCUUUUUAUAACUUUCUAGAAACUCAGCUCUCUAUUCCAAACCCAAGACAUUCAGUAAAGAUUGACCGGAUUCAUAGAGUGGGACCACAGAACAAACAGGGAAAAAUAAGGCCUAUUAUCGCCAAAUUCAACCCCUACAAAGGUAGAAUGCUUGUCAUGAACAGCGCCUACAGGCUUAGGGGUAAGAAAAAUUCAGCUGGUCUCCACUACGGCAUCUCAGAACAAUUUCCGCAUGAAAUUGAGCGACGACGCAAGGAGUUGUACCCAGUCCUGAAGAGAGCCAAGGCCGCAGGGGACAAAACCGCUAAAUUGAUAGUGGACAAACUCAAAGUACGAGUGAAUGGGACGCAACGAAUCAUCAAAGAUCCUAGCGAAAUACCCGAAGGCGCUUCGUUUGGGUAAUUACUGUGCACUUCAUCUAUUUCAUGGUAACAUUGGAGUAGUUGUGAUGAGUUGCGUAAUGUACACGGUGGAGAUGACUUACUUUCAGAAGUAAGCCAACGUGGAAGGACAUGCAACGGACCGAUUAGUAACAUGUUUAGUAUUUCUUCGUCGGGUUUAUCUAUAUAUAUAUAUUUGUUACAUGUAUUAUUAUGCUGAUGUAGCUACUGACAUUUGAAGAACAACAUAUUUCUGAUGGGUAGUCCAGGCUCAGGGAAGACCACAGUGGGCAGACUGCUGGGGGACAGGCUGGGGAAGAGAGUGAUUGACGUGGACAAUGACCACCUGGAAUCCUACUGGAAUAUGUCCGUGGCUGACAAGCUGCAACAGGUAGGUGGAGAUCAGUUUCUCCAAGAUGAAGGAGAGGCUCUCUUAAACCUCAGGGCAGAGGACAGCAUAAUUUCCCUCUCUGGGUCUAACCCCAUGCACCCUGCUGCCAUGGAACACAUACAGAGGACAGGCAUGGUGAUCUUUCUGGACGUCCAGCAUGAUAACAUCGUGGACAGACUGGAGAGGAUGAAGGUCAACCGUAUAGUAGGUCAGGGACGGGGAGUCCCCAUGAUUGAUAUACUGAAGUAUCGGCAGCAGUUUUAUGAAGGAAAUUAUGAUUUGAGGAUAUUGUGUGAGGAUGGAGAAACACAAGAAAGUAUCGCUGAUAAGAUUGUGAAGUCACUAGGUGAAUUUAAGUCCCCUCCUCACAGAUAUACUUCAACUAGAUCUAAUUUGGGUAAAGGAAGUGCAGAAAAUCAUAAAUCUUUUUGUGAUGUAGUUUUAGAAGGUUUGGCCCCAGAUAAGGGACUGUACAUCAGAAAUGGCGCCUUCCCAAAAUUUACACCUGGAGAACUUCAGCGGCUGCUCCCUCUCAGUUACCAAGAAAGGGCCCUUAGGAUACUGGAAAAGUGGAUCCAUCCUGAUGACCUUCACCCCAGGUUGCUAGGUAACAUGAUAAACAAUGCAUAUUCUUUGUCUAGUUUUAAUUGCCAUAAGGUAUUCCCACUGGUGCAUCUCCGUGGCAACCAGUAUUUGAUGGAGUUAUUCCACGGACCUACUGCCUCUUUCAAGGACGCUGCACUGCAGUUAAUGCCACAAUUCUUCCAGCAUUCUUUGGAUACAAAAGAAGACUCAAAUACAAGGUAUCUCAUACUAGUGGCGACAUCUGGUGACACAGGAGGGGCUGUGUUAGAUGGCUUUGCAAAACACGCAGGACCUAGAGUAGGAGUGAUGGUUCUGUAUCCUAACCAAGGUAUUAGUCCAAUACAAAAACUUCAGAUGACAUCCAUGACUGGUGACAGAGUUUCUGUGGUCGGAGUAGAAAGUGACUUUGAUUUCUGCCAGUCAACUGUCAAGAAGAUCAUCAGUAACCCAGAUAUGGCAGACAAACUUUUGGAGAGUUUUGGGUGCAAACUAAGUGCUGCAAACUCUAUUAACUGGGGUCGUCUGCUGCCACAAACAGUGUAUCAUAUCACAGCCUACCUGGACCUGGUGCAGACGUCUGGCAUCAAGAUGGGAGAAAUGGUGGACUUGUGUAUUCCAACUGGAAACUUUGGGAAUAUUCUCACUGCUUUUUAUGCAAGGGAAAUGGGUGUGCCGAUACACAGAUUAAUCCUAGCCUCCAAUGUCAACAACAUUCUGACGGAAUUCUUCACAACAGGGAGGUACAAUCUAAGAAAUCAGCACUUACGCCAGACAAUCUCGCCUGCCAUUGACAUCCUAAAAUCUUCCAAUCUGGAAAGGUUUCUGUAUCACAUGACUGAUGGAGACUUUGAUCAGAUCAAGGAGUGGUAUUCCCAGUUGGACAAAGAUGGCCACUUCACUGUUCCAACAGAGCUCGUUAACAAGAUGCAGGACAUCAUUAAAGUUGACUGGUGUAGUGAAGAGGACUGCAAGAGUGCAAUGAGGGACACAUUUCAGGAAACAGGCUAUCUGCUAGACCCCCACACUGCAGUAGGGAAAGUAAUAGCAGACCGGUUCAACCAAGGAGACAGACCAGUGGUCAUAGCCUCUACAGCUCACUAUGGGAAGUUUGCACAGGACGUUUACUCAGCCAUUAACAAAGAUGACGGUAGAUUGGAUUUAAACCCUGCGGAACUGUUUGAGGAACUUGGCGCCAGGCAUCCCAGACCUGCUAUGCACUGGACCCUGGGGAAUGUGGUAGAAAAAGCCCCAGUGCACAGAACUGUGUGUGGAGCAGAUGUGAGGGAAAUAGAGCAAGAACUGGAGAAAUUUGUAGAAAAAUGUUGGCGCUGAAGUUAUCCUUUAACAUAUGACAUGCCACUGCAUGGAUGGUGUGAAAGGAAAUUGAGAAUGAAAUGGCAAGAACUUGAAACCAAGGGGUAUCGAUAGCAAUUUCAAGUCUCAGUAUCUGGAAUAAUGUACUCCUCUACAUGUAGGUGGCCAACUUUUAUGAAUUACAGGACAUCACAACUUUUGAUGGCAAAAUGGAUUUGGUUACAACUCCAGGUGCGGGUGCUGUAUACAGUUCAGCAAGAUUUUAUUAAAUGGACCAGAAGA